CUCUCUCUCUCUCUCUCUCUCUCUCUCUUCCUCUUCUUCUUCAAAACUCCCUGCCCCAUCCAACCCAGAACACACACAACACCAGAGGGCUUUUCACCUACAUACAUGAUCAUGCAGGCAAUGUGGAAGCCGGCAUGGUUAGAGGCCCUCAACACACAGAAGUUCUUCGUAGCAUGCUCCUUCCAUGAGCAUGCAAAAAAGAAUGAAAAGAACAUCUGUUGCCUUGACUGCUGCACCAGCAUCUGCCCACACUGUGUGGCAGCACACCGUGUACACCGGCUCCUGCAGGUGCGGCGGUACGUCUACCACGAUGUCGUUCGACUGGAGGACCUUGAGAAGCUUAUUGAUUGCUCCAGCGUUCAGUCUUAUACCAUUAACAGCUCUAAGGUCGUUUUCUUGAAGAAAAGACCGCAAAAUAGGCAAUUCAAGGGGUCAGGGAAUAUCUGCACCUCCUGCGACAGGAGCCUUCAAGAACCCUAUUUCCACUGCUCUCUGGAUUGCAAGGUGGAGUAUAUACUACGGCAGAAGAAAAACUUGUCAGCAUACUUGCGCCCAUGCAAGAUAUUGCAGCUUGGACCUGACUUCUUCAUUCCUCAUGAUGCUGAUGAUGACACAACUCACUCAACACUCGUUGAUGUUGAUGAGCCCAUGGGAUCAUCGGACUCUGAGAAUUUGAGUGCGCCAUGCACAAAUUUUGUCCGGAAAAAGCGGAGUGGACCAUAUAUUUGUGCACGGUCUGCAAAUAGAGUGUCUGAUGAAGACAUGGCCACAAAUAUGAGCAGAAGGAAAGGGGUUCCUCAUAGAUCGCCUUUGUGCUAAUAAAAAUCAAUAGUUAUUUUUUCAUUUUCUUUACUUUUUUGUGUGUUCUUUAUCUCUUGGACUAAGCUGGUGCAAUACUGACGGAAUUUUGUCUCAACGGAAUCAUGUGAUUUUAAUGUACAUCACUAGAGGCAAUUGUACUCAAAUUCUUCAAGUAGAUGCACCAGUUCAUAUAUAUGUACGCUUUAACAUAGUUCAUGUUAUCCCCUUUUCAAACGUUC